CAAUUAUUUCUUAUUGUAUUGGGUGACUAUAUUGUCUACAUUUGUUUCUUAGCGAAUAGCUUCAACAAGGCGGGCAUUGAACCCAUACCCAUCACUCAUUUUGUGUGUUUGAUGGCUAUUGCAAUCUUCGCAGGUAGUAUGAUCUCGUUCGUAACGUUUUAUCCCAUAUUACACUGUUUGCCGAAUGCUUUUGCUGAAAUGCUGAGGUUUGGCGACAGAUUGUUUUAUGAAGAUUGGUGGAACUGUACUUCCUAUACAAAAUUUUACCGAUCUUUGAAUAUACUUGUACAUGAUUGGCUGUACUUCUACAUAUAUUGUGAUAUGUACGCUAUUUUGAAAAGCAGAACUGUUGCUAUGUUGUCAGUUUUUCUGCUAUCUGCAAUUGUUCAUGAAUAUAUCGUAGCCGUUUCUCUCAGAUUUAUAUUCCCUCCUUUAUUCACAUUAUUUUACAUAGCUGGUAUUAUAUUCAUUUUUAUGACUCGAAGAAGAACCUCAAACUUCUGGAACUUUUUCCUUUGGUUUACUUUGUUGCUAGGAUAUGGACUUUUACUAGUUUUCUACUCUUUGGAAAUGUCUGCCAGGAUCAACUGCCCGAGGAUUUUAGAUUCUUGGCUAGACUAUGCAGUUCCUCGGUUUCUCCAUUGCAAUGUGAUAUCUUUCCCAGUUUAGCGUAAAAGUUUAGUUAAAAAGUUUUUUAGUAAAAAUAUAACAAUCUAACUCGACCUGUAUUCUAAAUAAAUAGAAUUCCAGACAAUCCAAUGAAAAUUUAAUUUUGGAUAUAUGUCUAACAUGUAUUUGGAAAUAGAGUGCCUCUAAUUUUGGGAGACUUAUUUAAGUAAUAUUGUAAAUUAGAAAUUUUCGAAUAUGUCCAAACUUAUUUGAAUAUCAUUAAGAGUGUAUCUCACUUUCUUUAAUUAUUUUAAACAAACUUUUAAAUCGAUGAAAUUAAGUAUGUCUUACUACUGUAGAUGUAGAAUUCUAGAAACUUUUACAGAAAUGGAAGCUUUCAGGUUUACUAAAUCUUUUUUAAAAUAUUUUAAAUCAGUUAUAUCUGAUUAAUAAUUAUUAAAGAAAGAUAAUUCAACUAAAAAAUACAUU